UGUGCGGGUUGUGGAUAUAGUGUCGCUUUCUUACAGUUCACACACACACAGUCAGGAAGGUCCGGAAGCGGCAGGGUAUUGGAGAAUGUAGUAACCAGUCUGCUACUACCGCCCAGAAACAAAUUCUGAUCAUAAACGUUUGAACUGUUUUCAAUGAGCGGAGGAAGAAGACGGUGCAAUAAGUUUUUAUUAUAAACAUUUCCAUUUUAAAUACUGAAAAGAAUUGGUGAAUAAAACGCAGUAAAUUGAACUAAAAAAGAAAACGCGAGUCAGGGAGAAAGAUGGCAGCGAACAGUACGCCAUUCGCCAGCAAAACGAAAACCAAGAAGAAACAUUUUGUGGCUCAGAAAGUGAAGCUGUUCCGAGCCAGCGAUCCAUUGCUCAGCGUCCUUAUGUGGGGAGUCAAUCACUCGAUCAAUGAGUUGAGUCAUGUCCAAAUUCCAAUUAUGUUGAUGCCAGAUGACUUCAAAGCCUACAGCAAGAUAAAAGUGGACAACCAUCUUUUCAAUAAGGAGAAUAUGCCCAGUCACUUUAAGUUUAAGGAAUACUGCCCUAUGGUCUUCCGAAAUUUGAGAGAGAGGUUUGCAAUUGAUGAUCAGGAUUUCCAGAAUUCAGUGACACGAAGUGCUCCUUUUUCAAAUGACUCACAAGGUCGAAGUGGAGCUCGUUUUCACACCACGUAUGACAGAAGAUAUGUGGUCAAAACUAUAUCCAGUGAAGAUGUGGCCGAGAUGCAUAACAUAUUGAAAAAAUACCAUCAGUAUAUUGUGGAAUGUCAUGGAAACACCCUCAUUCCACAGUUCCUUGGAAUGUAUCGACUGACAGUGGACGGGGUUGAGACCUACAUGAUUGUUACAAGGAACGUUUUUGGUCAUCGGCUCCCUGUUUAUAGGAAGUAUGAUCUGAAGGGUUCCACUGUAGCCAGAGAAGCUAGUGACAAAGAAAAGGCCAAGGAAUUACCAACAUACAAGGACAAUGACUUCAUUAAUGAUGGGCAAAAAAUUUACAUUAAUGAAGACAACAAAAAGAUGUUCCUCGAAAAACUUAAGAAGGAUGUUGAGUUUCUUGCUCAGCUGAAGAUCAUGGAUUACAGUCUUCUGGUUGGUAUUCAUGAUGUUGAACGAGCUGAACAAGAUGAAAUGGAGUUUGAGGAUGAAGAGGAUGAGGGAGAAAGUGAUGGGGCUGGAGGCCAAAUGACAGGAUCUUGUGGAACACCUCCAGACAGCCCUGGAAAUGUACUGAACAGCUCAAGACCAUUAGCACUUGGUGAAUUUGACCCAACUAUUGAUGUGUAUGCUAUAAAAAGCCAUGAAAAUUCCCAGAGGAAGGAGGUGUACUUCUUGGGAAUUAUUGACAUUCUGACACAUUAUGAUGCAAAGAAGAAAGCAGCACAUGCUGCCAAAACGGUCAAACAUGGUGCUGGUGCAGAAAUCUCCACUGUGAAUCCAGAGCAGUACUCGAAGCGCUUUGUGGAAUUUAUCACCAGUAUUUUGACAUAGCCUAAUAUGUGCUGCAAAUGGGAGGGGUGACAAUGACAUUGGAAUGAAAUGGGCUAAAUGAAGUGGCAUCUACAGCAUUUGUCUUGAUGAAAGCAUUCCCUUGUUUACAUCUUCUAAUUAUGACUGUCGGAAAAUAGCUUUAACUGCUUCCUGAAAAUCCCAGCACAAUUCUCCCAAUUAAUGACUUUGAUCUGUGGGAAGAAUAUAAAAACCUUUGGAGUGCACUGCACAAGCAACGCUGAGACCAGCUGUGAUGGAACUUUGUGGGGAGAGGUACUUUGAUGAAUGGAAAGAAACUGCAUGUUAAUUGACACACAGUAAUUUCUGGUAUCAAAUUAUAAACUGUGGAUCGGUUUAUCACUUGAACUGAAAGGUGGAGAGCAGUAUUUGUUUAACUUGCUAUUGUUACACUUCUGUUGUGCACACUGGCACUCCUCAACGUAGCUUCAUGGUUUAUCAUUUCUUCAAAGGGAAUUCUGUCAUAAAAUUUAUAAAAUACUGUAAAAAAAUUAUGUAGAAAUAAAUUUGUCUCAUCCCCACUUUUGAAAGCUUGUACUAUAGGUGUUUAAAGUUAUAAUUCUUUCAGGGACAAAGUCCAAUUAAGAAUACAAUUUAAAAAAAAAUUCAGUCCCUCCAAUAAAUUAGCAGAGUUGUUAUACAGUACAGAAAAGAUGUGCUUUAAUUGUUGAGAUCUGCCUUAUUUUUAUUUCAAAUGAUUUUGGGCAACAUUUUACUACAUUCCUAAUUUCUCAUUUUGAAAAAAUGUGUAAGAUAAAGAAUAUGAAGUCACAUGGGUUACUUUGUACACAUCAGAUCCAUUGUGUUAGUAAUUGAAAUAGAGUGGGAAGCAAAAUAACAUUUGUAAUACUUCAGACUACACAUCAUAAUGAAUAGCGCAAAUUAAUUUCACAAAGCAAAAACCAGGUCCAGGAUUUUAAAGAAUUCUUAUUCUGGGAUUUGCAACCCACACGUGUCACAUAGUGAGCAGCUUUCUCUCAUAAAUAUGAUUUCCAAUAAAAUGCCCUUGGAUAAAGCCUAUUCUUACAAUGAUCUAAGUGUUCCACCCCGGAAUUAAAUAUGGAAUGCUCCAAAUAUUAAUUCUUUUCUUUCAUAUAGGCCUGUAGAAACACAUUAAUAUUUCAGAUUUCGUGGUUGCCUUUUAAGUUCCUGCAACAUUACAUUGGGGGGGUUAUGUAAAUAUGUAAUAAAUGGUUGCCUAAAACUUUUUGGUGUUCAUCUGUGAAUUAAUCUUUUCUGUACUAUUUCCACCAUCUCAUUAAUUAUGAAGAUUAUGCCUUGUUAAGUAAAAUGUGCUUAAUAUCAUCAAAAAUACACUGUGCAACAAGUGUGCCUUUAUUUGAGGUAAAUCAUCGAAAACGCUCUUAUGAUGAUAUAAAUUUCAUUAGCAGCUGUGCCAUCCCCAGAAGUUGGGAAUUUAAGCAAGCAAAGGAGUGCCAGAAUGUCUUUCCUAUUAAAAAUGUGUCAUUGCUGUUUGGACUGCAAAUUUUUUUUUAAGAAAUGCUUCACAUUAGGUAGCAAUUUACCUAGAUUGUACUAGGAUUCUAGCGAGUAUCAGCAUCUUCAGUGGCCAAAGGCAAUAUCAUCCAUGUGGGUAUGUAAUAAUUUAACAUGGUUUUGUUACUCUUGGUAUAGUGAUGUUAACACUGUAAUGUAAAUGUACAGUUAUAUAUUUUAUGUAUUUAAAAGAAAAUUCCAUAAUCAUUGUGCCGGUCACUUUCAUUUAAAAAUUUCUGUAGGAUGCUAUUGUUUCCAUUAGUAAUAGGACUACAAGAAACCAGUCCCACCUGGGGGAGGGGAGGGGGGAAGAAAGAGGUACAUGUACAAAUAUAUUUGGACAAAAACUUCCUUCCGUGGCUCAACUGUGUAUUUUACAUCUUUUUGGCAGCUUACAAUGCAGAAUGUUUUGUCUGUUAGUCAUUCAUGUAGAUAAAAUGUAUUUUUGUUUAAGUGAGGCAACUUUAUAAAAUAUGUACUAGUGCUGCAUUUGACACACUCCAUACCUGAGCUUUGCUUUAUGAAAUAAAGUGCCCUGUUGUCUC